ACCCCAAGUCUCCAUUCCCCUAAACACCAGUUCUUCAGUUGUUCCAUAUCGUCGGUCUCAAUCUUCAUACGCACCCACGUUUACACAUUCCACUGAACAUCAGUGACUUACUUCCCAAACAUCUUAAACCGCCAACAUGUGCUACCAAGUCAUCGAACGCUACUCGGUCUGCCGAUGUCUCUACCACAAACAUUCAAUCGACCCAUGUGCCUCCCACGGACAACGCGGACAUACCAUCCAAGAAAAGACGGUUCUUGUAGGAUAUACAUGCAGCAAACAUAGCAACGGCCGACCUGAGAUCGCCCAUCAAACCAGCGUCCACCCUGAUUCGGGCUACGGAAGCGGCACAUAUCCUCCCUCGUUCCUAGGAUGAAGAGACAAGUUUCCGACCUCAUCACGAUUCACGACCAUAUCUAUCGUUUCACUUCAACAUUUCCGAUUGACCGUUUGUCUCUUGUCCAACCAUCUUCUCGUUCGAGCCUGCGACUGUUGUUUCUUUUGGAACAUUCAUUUCUACACCUUCGUCACGUUUAACAAUACACGCAUUAACAAGGAGUUUAUCUGGGGCUGGAGUCUUCAUCAUGGGAUACAUAUUAGAAAGAGCAGGACGUUGUACGAUUACGAGGGCAUGGGUAUAAUGUUAUACUGGAUCUCGGCGGCAUUGAGUGGAGUAGGAGGAAUGAGUUUCAACUUCUCUUCUAAUCCGUUAUUUUUACUCGUGUAGUAGCGCCGUGUUUCGCUGUCAAUCCCACUAUUUUUUACAAGCAC